AUGACCGCUAAGUUCAUAUGUGCGAAUUGGAGCCCCGGUAGCCCAACCUGUGAGGAAGAGGGUAAAUACACCUGCAAAAACUGUUUUCUUGUCAUCUAUUGCGGCUCAACAUGCCAAAAAUCUCACUGGCCUCACCAUAAGGUUGAAUGUAAGUCGCCCCUGGGCAAGCAGACCUGGCAGCCAUCUUGGAUUCUCGAACAAAGAACUCCUGAUUUCAUUGGAGACGGGAAUCAUACAUUUGGAGGGAAGAAGUACCUCUGGGGUAACGUUCCUGCGUUUGACGUCCUCAAACUGGAAUCGAAUGAAGGAGAGGAAUAUGAUGGUGAUCUUCGUUUGUUGUUCGCAGCAUCUGGAGAUAUUCGCAACCUUGUUAGAACAGUCGCAAACCUUCCGAGCAGCUAUAACCAAUCCGUGGAAGCCAUCAUAAACGAUAGAGACUUUGACAUUGUCGCACAAAAUCUCAUUCUGCUUCUAAUUGCGCUGGUUGUCGAGAACGUGCACGAGGCUGUUGAUUGCAUCAUUCACCUGUGGUACUCGACUCUCGUGCGCACUUCCGACAUCGAAAUUCUUCACACUCGGAUUCUGCCUCUAAUUGAAGAUAUCUCCGAAAAGGUCAAAGACAAGCCGCCGGGAAAGCUCCUCGCGAAGACAUGGAAAUUUGGGACUCGCUCAUUAAGGAUUGUGCUGGAGCAAUCCUUCUGGAUUCGUCUUCUGUCUUUUUUCAAGAAGCCCGCUGCCUUGACAAUCGACCAAGCAAACGAAACUCGCAAGGCCAAUACUCUAGCCCAUUCAAGGCGGGACUAUCAAGACCGAUAUAUGUUAUGUCUUUCGCCCACCCAACGGAUCGCUUUCUACAAGUUUCGCCAGGAUGGCCUCUUACUUCCAUUUGGAUAUCCGCGCCAUGCUUUCAGGGAGCCAAACCCGACUUUCUUUCAAGAUGCGGUUAGCUGGCCGAUGAAAGACAACGCAGAUCCUCUUCACGGGUGGCCAUUAGAAGAGGUUUCGAAUACAACAAGUGGAGCUGCGACCGCCGAUAUUUACGGCAAGUUAUUUUUCUAUCUUCGCGGCCAGCUCCAUUCUUUCUUGAGUCGAGUUUCUAGUUCGAAGAUAGCCUUUGAACUUCACCUUCUUGACGUUACUGCCCUUCCUGAGCAUCUCGAGGUCGACUCUUUUAGCCGAAUCGAUGUAUCCAACAUCUCCGAUAGAGCCUGGCUAGGACUCCCCGAAACACUUUCCGCAAUGGUACCGCUACUCCAGAGUCCGCUAGAAAACCCACACGCUACUCUGAUAACCUUGUUUAUGAACGCGGUUGAAGAGAGCUUGACCGACGCCGAUAGAAUGGAGGGUCUGACUUCUAAGAGCCAGAUAACGAAGCGCCUGAUGAAAUAUUUCCCUCCCAACAAAAUGAAAAUGACAAGCAUUUCCAGAUACGAUCCCAUUAUGAUCAAAGUGGCGGUUGGCCGUGAGCUCAUCACGACCUGGGAUGACGUUUUUGACAGGUUUAUGAAGUACUACAAGUUCAAAGAAGCCUCUGAAUUUUUCGAAGUGACGAUGAAGAACGAACAUACCAUCAUUGAAAAAUGGCCUUACAAAUUGAAGCUUCGUCCUGGACAACCUGGAGCUCAGGAUGAGUUCGACCGGGCAUUGACGAUGGGUGUGUCAGGGAAAGAGCGCUAUGUAGAGUGGAAGAGAGUCCCCGAAGAUCCACUUUGA